AUGGCUUCGUUUUCAGGCAGCGGCAGAGGUGGCUGGGCUCCACGCAGAGGGCGAGGCCGCGGAGGAAGAGCGCCUCACUUCGCAAAGAACAGAGAGCAGCCAAAACCGGAUCUCCAGACACAUCCGCUUGGAGACCCUGUGAAAGUGUUUCGCAGCUCCGAUCUGAGUCUGAAACCAAUCGACUCGGCGGAGAUAUCGAAUUGCCAACAUGUCGCGUCGUACAACUGGCUCAAUGACGAGGUACCUACCAUCGUCGUUCCAGGUAAACCUCCUCGCUGGACACCACUCCAAGCCCCACAGCGUUUGAAAGAAGACGACGGACAGUACUUUCGCGACCCCAAUGCUGCAAAGUAUCCCGACUUCCCCAUGGCACCCGUCGUACAUGCUAUUACAGAGACCGACCCCGAAUUCGAUGCUACGAACACCGAUGUCUUCGCAUGCGGAAGCACCCUUGGCAACCUCCUGCGCUUCGCUCGUGGUGUCGACAAAGCCUUUCGGUUUAACAUCGAGGUCAUUGGCGAGACUGUCUUCUUUGUACGGAAAGAGAACGACCCCAAAGAAGUUAUCAAGGAUAUCAGAGGCUUUGGUCAUACGUUUCCAGAAGCAUACACCACAUGGGAGCAUAGUGUCAAGGGUUCUGAGACACACCAGCGCAUCAUACGAUAUGAGUUUGGCGGCUUGGAGUGUCUUGUACGCUUCGAAAGCGACGGCUACAUUGAUGACUCCCUAGCAGUCCGUGAUGUCGCGCCCGCACAGACUGCUGGGGACCAAGAUGAGCUUCUGCAAGCAUUCCAGCAAGCAGCCAUCGGCCGUUCGCCCAGCAACGCAAUGGGUAAGCCGGAAGAGCUCAAGAUCGAACACCGCGGAUCUACAGUACCGCAUCACUCCAUCUUUGACCUGAAGACCCGCUCAGGCAAAUACAAGAAACCCAUCGACAUGACCGACAUCUACCCGGCGCUCUGGAUGAAACAGAUAUCCAACUUCAUCGUUGCCUACCACGACGGUUAUGGCCUCUUCGAAGACAUACAGGUACAAGAUGUCAAGAGCGAUGUGCGAGCCUGGGUCCGAGAGAAUAGAGACGGUAUCCGCCGCUUCGCAACACUCCUCAAUGAGAUCGUUGACAUCGCCAAGAGCAGCACAAACAAGUUGCUCGAAGUGUAUUGCCCCGGAGCGGAUCGCCUAGAGAUCCGAAAACAGUAUGGGGACGGCGUACACGCCUUGCCUGCAGAUUUGGUCGACAGGUGGGAGAAGACGGGGUUUAGUAUUUCCUCUACUCAGGAUGAUGCUUCGGAUGAGGACGAUUACAAUGAUGGCGGUGUCGAUAUUGAUGCGAGACUACACUGCGUCAACGAGGAGAACAAGAAGCAGAUCGGCAAGGAUGCUGCCGUCAUCUACCGGGACGAGCUGGUACCGAGGCUGCAGCAUAUACAGGAUCUCAACUCAGCCCUGCACAGCUUCUUACAGAAAACCUGCGUCGUCCCUGCCAACGUCAGCAACUCAGAGCUAGAGAAAUUCCAAGAGAAGGUUAAGGAUCAAGAAUAUCUCUACCAAACAAUUGCGAUGCUCUCUACCCAUGUGCAAUCGAUCAGAAUGGAGUUGCAACAUCUGGGCGCGCAAGUCGGGGCGGCCCUCCUUUUGACCGACUUCGAUCAGGGAUACUUCGCCCAGUGGGAUAUUGACAAUCGAACCCCAUACCCGCUCACAGCCGCCAUUACUAAUGCCAGGCGAGACAUCGCCCAUAUUCCAGGCGUAAACAAUGUCUACGACGAGUGA